CUCUCUCUCUCCCUAAAAAAAAAAAAAAAAAAUUCCUUUUAUUAUAUUUCUCUCUCUUCCCCUCUCUCUCUCUCUAUCUCUCCCCUUUCUCUCCUUGACAGCACGAUCGACAGCGCUCGGAUCGAAUUCCGACCAGAGAAACAAAACCCUAAAAUCUCUCCAUCUCUCUCCAAUUUCAAUUCCUCCCAAACCCAAAAAAAAAAAAAAAAAAACCCACAAAAGCUUUUUGCUUUUUCUGCAAGAAUUCGAUACCAAAGCAAAACGCACACUUCGUUCUUCGCCGUCGAUUGCGUUCGUCCCCAAAAAAAACACUAGGGUUUUUAUCGCCGUCGUAAUAAUCACCUCGAUUAUUUUCCGUUUCGUUUCGUCGCCGAUUCAGGUUCUUUGUUUUUCUCAAAUUCCUAUCCAUUUUCUUUUGAUCCUUAUUUUGCAAACCCUAGUUUUUUAUUAGCUUAGCUUAGAAAUCCCCAAAAAAUAAAAAAAUAAAAAAAAGAGAGACAAAAUUUGAUUGAUUCUUUUAUCUUUGUAGAUAUAUUCGAUUAACGGCGUCGUUUUUUUUUUUUUUUUUGAUUCCAUUUUUAGCUGAUUUGUAGGUUCCUUACAAGAAACUCUGUGAAAUUUUUGGUGCGUUGUUUUAGUUUGUCAUCUAAAAUCGAGGGUUUCGUUGUUAGAUUAGAAUUAGAUCUUCCACUUCACAAAGUUUUGAUUUUGAUUUUGAAUUAUUUUUUUGUUUCUCUGAAAAGAAAAAAAAAAAAAGAAGAAAUUUAGGGUUUGCUUUUGCUUUGUUGGAUUUGCAGAGAGAGAGAGAGAGAGAGAGAGAGAGAGAGAGAGAGAAAGAGAGAGAUUGGGUUUAGGUUGUGUGUGUAUAUACAAUGGCCUUGAACUUUUCGCAUCGACCAAUCUUUCCGGCGCAUCUGGCUGAGGACAAUUUGGUUGCGCCAAUGAGGAUUGCUAAUGGGUAUCUUGUUGAGGGAGUUUCGGAGAGGAAUGGAGAUGGGUUUGGGAGGUCGUGGAUUUCUAGCCGCGAUGUUGAGGAUCGGUUUGAUUAUGGAAGGGAUAGGUGUGAUAGGAGUGGGUCGCAGGAGUCUGUUUCGAAUGAUGUUCUUGAUCUGUUGCCUUCGGAUCCGUUUGGUAUGGACAUAAGUACCACUUUUACGGCCAUCACGGGUUGGCUGGAGGACUUUCAAGCUGAUUAUGGUGGGUAUGGCGGGAAUGAGGUUGGGACAAGUGAUGGGAGUUAUCAGUUAUUUGCGGGGUUGAAUUUUAUUUGGAAUAAUGCUUUGAAGUACCAGAGUUUUUCGGGGAAUAUGGGGGUUGAUUAUAGGUUUGAUGUAGCGGGUGGAAUUGGGGGGUGUUCUGGGAAGAUGGAAGUUGGUGAUACAUCUUGCCGUGGUGGUUUUGGAUCAGAUUGUAACGUGGAUGGUAUUCUGGGUUUGGGCAAUGAAACUCCGGGAGUUUCUGGCCAACAAAGUGAAGCUUGUCCUAAAGGUAAUGGGAUUUGUUCUGUUGGAGAUAGCGGAGCUCCUCAUGGGGCUUUGAAUUUUGCCCUUGGUUAUCUGGGUUUGCGGGAUCUUCUUCUUGUUGAAACUGUUUGCAGAUCUCUUCGUUCUACGGUUCGAGGCGACCCUCUUUUGUGGAGGAGUGUACACAUUGAUCAACCUUUGAAUGAGAAGAUUACUGAUGAAGUUCUUUUGCAAUUGACUAAUAGGGCUCAAGGUAGUCUUCAAUGCCUGAGCCUGGUGGAGUGCCCAAGGAUCACUGAUGAUGGUCUAAAACGUGUGCUUGAUAGUAACCCUAGGCUAACCAAGUUGAGUGUGCCUGGGUGUACAAGACUCAGCAUUGAGGGUAUUGUGAGUUGCCUAAAGGCUUUCAAGUCUGUGGGCACUCUAGGAGUGAAGCAUUUACGAAUCGGUGGACUUUAUGGUGUAACACAGAAGCAUUUUGAAGAUUUGAAGUUUUUGUUGGGCAUGAAUGAUAAUAUGCAGCAGAAUGCCCGCAAGCCACAUUUCUAUCACAGAGGAAAUUUUUAUCUGUCCUGUGAUGAUGAUCGUUUGAUUGAUAUUGAAAUGUGCCCAAGAUGUCAGAACAUGAGGCUUGUUUAUGAUUGCCCGGCUCAGGGUUGUCAAGGGAAAGAGCAUGCAACUCAGGUAUGCAGGGCAUGCACGCUUUGCAUACCACGGUGUGUGCAGUGUGGUCGGUGCAUUAAUGACAGUGAAUAUGAGGAAACAUUUUGUUUGGAGUUGCUUUGCUCAGAUUGUUUGAACCAGCUACCAAAGUGUCAGGAGAGGCAUGAUAGAAAGUUUGGCCCCUCUAAGCCUGCUCUUCUACAUGAACAGAGUCAUAGCUUUUCUCUUUAUGGCUAGAGAUGGAUAUCUGUGUAUGUCUACUGGUUUCACAUUGGGGAUGAGAUAUAGCAAGAGUGGUCAUCUGGAUUGCUAUCAUGAAUAUAUGUAAGGCAGCUUAGAAGAGUAUGUUUCCAUUUCUUUCUCAGUAUGUCCUGAGUCAGUUGACUGUCGGGUUCUGCCUGUGGGUGGACUUCAACGUUGGCUGGAUGCAUUUGGUAUAUUCUGAGUAUGGAGUUAAUGUCUGUAUUGAUAUGGAGGGAAAGGGUGAAAAAAGAAAAAGGAAAGAAAUAAAUAGAAAAUGUAAAGAAUAUUAUGAAGAAAUUCUCUGCAUGAAUUCCAAGAUGAUCUUAUUGUUGUAGGUGGUUCUCGUGAAUAAAUCUGAUUAGUGCAUCGAUUUGUACUUGGAUAUUCAGAAGUGUCAGUGAGUAGGUGCAGAAGUGGGAUUUGAUAUUUCAGCACCGUCUUGCAGGGAGUACAAGAUGUUGUAGAGAACAAAGUAAAAAGAAAGAUGACUCGUCUGUUAUAUGAUAUUGGUAGUCAUUCUUCAAUAACUUGAAUGCUGCAUCGGGGAAGGAAGCAGUGAUAUUUAUCUGAUAGCAGUGAAAUGGGAUGUCCUUUUGGUCUCUCAGUCACCCAAGGAUGUUUAAUGGUUAAUCUUCCUGCCAUUCUUAUGUAUGUGAUACAGACCGUUGUUGGAGCUGUAUUUUCUGUGACAAACGGCUAUAAAUAAUGGAGCCUCUUUUUUGCAGGAGGAUAUCUCUUGUUUGAGCUGGGAAGUCUUAACAAACUGUGUGCUUUGGGCUCUAAUAUAUCUCCAUUCUCAUUUAUUAUUAUUUUCUGGCUCCUAGUCCUGGGUUUCCUUCCUCGAUUGUAGAAGUAACAGUUAAUUUUUACCUUCCACGGUGAUUGUUAUUUUUCAUUACAGAUGGCCAUUGUACUUUAUGUUUCUUCCCAUUGGAUGAAGAUUUUUGUCGGGCUCAGUUAUAGUUGUGAAACUGUGUAAGUUUAGAUUCUCAUGCCAAAAGUGCUCUUGUUUCUUUCUCUUGAAAGAUGUCAGUUUUUGGCAUGUAGCUAGAAGUAUUGAACACUAGUCAUUUAUUAAAUUGAAUGUUUAACAAUUCUACUUAAGCAAUAAGCAUCUAUUAUUGACA